AGGAAAACAGAUAAAAAGAAACAAGCUUUGAAUUAAAUCACAAGAAUCGGAAGGAAAAGGCGAGAAGCAGGUAACCGGAAUCUCCAUCUUCUCCAUCAUCGCAAUCUCAAUCUCCAAAAAAAAUAAAAAAUAUAUAAAACUGGUCGCGCAUUGAGUGGAGUGUGUAUGUAUCGCGAAUAUACGUACAUGUGGAUAAAUCGGUUGCGUUGAGGCUUGAUUGAUGAGGCUUUGUUGCGGCUGUUGUGGCGAAUUCAGCAUUUCCGUUAUUUAUUCCUGGCUUCGUGAUUAUGAUAGGAUUCAAUCCUUCGCUGUCAUUCUCAUCUACAUCCAAAUUGGGUGUGCUUUGAUUGGAGCGCUUGGAGCUCUGUACAAUGGCGUUUCCUUGAUUAAUUUGGGGAUUGGCUUGUUUGCGCUUGUGGCUAUUGAGAGUAGCAGUCAGAGUCUCGCGAGAACGUAUGCUGUUCUGCUUUGCAGUUCUGUUUUGCUUGACAUCUGUUGGUUCAUUCUUUUCACACACGACAUCUGGACAAUCUCUUCAGAGAAAUAUGGGAAGUUAAUUAUCUUCUCAGUGAAGCUUACACUGCUAAUGCAAAUUGUUGGUUUCUCUGUAAGGGUAUCCUCAUCGUUUCUAUGGAUUCAGAUGUACAGAUUGGGUGUAUCACAUGUAGACCAUAGCAACCCCCAAGAGGCAGAUAUGGAUCUGAGAAAUAGUUUUAUAAAUCCGUCAACUCCUGUUAUUGUAAGGCAGCCCUCGGGUUCGGAUGAUGUUCUAGGGGGCUCUAUAUACGAUCCAGCCUAUUAUUCAUCUCUUUUUGAGGAUGGUCAAGAACAUGGAUAUUCAUUCAGGAGUGACAACCAAAGGUUUGGUGAAGGUGGAUCUCUACCUGAUGCCAGUGCUUGUUUGCUGAAGCCAUCCAUGAGCAAAUCCUUUCAGACUAUAAACGAUAAUAAAAAUGCAAUGAGAAGAGAAAGUGUAUGAAUGGGAUCAUAUUGUCUAUAAGAUCUUUUUCCUCUUACGUUUCUCAGAUUCUAAUUGGAUGAUUAUUUCCUUGCACGAUUUCUGUGGGUGGUUUUGGAAGCAAGCAGUGUACAGUUGCUCAGUUAUAUUCUUUCCAGGAUGGAGGUUGACAAUUUUCAAACUAGUAAAGGCUGUGAAGAAGUCAAAAUGAAGACUUAGGCCGUGCAUUUGGGAUGAAAAUUUAGACAUAGUAGUUCCCUUUGACAUCUAUGCAUGCUAUGUCCUCAGUUGCUUUAAGAGGGUUAGGUUCAGUUCCUAGAAAAGAUUUUUGUUAGAUAAUAUUGGCUGCAGAGCAUAUGGCAAUCUGCUUCUUGAGCGGUUGAUUACAUUAUAAGAGGUAUUUGAAUCGUCAAGGUUAUAGUUAAGUAAAAAGAUUUAAGGAGUUGCAGAGGCUUAAUUCGAGUUUGUUUUUACACCUAAGCUGCUGCUUUGAAUUAUAUUUUGUUCAUUGACGAGAUUAACAAAUUAUUUUAGUUGUAAAUUUUUGACAAAAGAUAAACAA